CUAAUUAGCGCGCCGUGACGCAGCCGGCGCGCGGCCAAUGGGCGGGCGGUGACGCCGGUCGGUAGAACGCGCCCGCCCGCCGCCCGCGGCCCAGAGCGGGGAAGCAGGAACGGGAGCGGCCGCCGCCAUGUGCGAUUUCUCGGAGGAGCAGACUGCGGAGUUCAAGGAGGCGUUCCAGCUCUUCGACCGCACGGGGGAUGGGAAGAUCCUGUACAGCCAGUGCGGGGACGUGAUGCGGGCGCUGGGCCAGAACCCCACCAAUGCCGAGGUCAUGAAGGUGCUGGGCAACCCCAAGAGCGAUGAGAUGAACCUGAAGACGCUGAACUUUGAGCAGUUCCUGCCCAUGAUGCAAACCAUCGCCAAGAACAAGGACCAGGGCUGCUUCGAGGACUACGUGGAGGGGCUGCGGGUCUUCGACAAGGAGGGCAACGGCACCGUCAUGGGGGCCGAGAUCCGCCACGUCCUCGUCACCCUGGGCGAGAAGAUGACGGAGGAGGAGGUGGAGCAGCUGGUGGCCGGGCAUGAGGACAGCAACGGCUGCAUCAACUACGAAGCGUUUGUGAGACACAUCUUGUCAGGGUGACGCCGCAGGGAGCUGGUCCGGAUGGUGCUGAGCGGCUGAAGACCCCUCGUGUCAUCAUGUGUUCUCCCCCCCCCAUCACUCUUGGUUUUGUGCCUUUUCCCUCGUUUUCCUGCCACCACCAAGCCCCCCUGCCCUCCCGCUAGUGGCCCCACCGGCUAAGUUAUUGCUCCACGGCAUCAAAUAAAGUGUCGGAAAGGUGA